AUGGCUGUGUCCCGGCUGCGUGCCCCCCAGUCCCGGGCUCCCCCACCCCGGAUUCCCAUCUCAAAAAGGGGAAUACCAGGAGGGCAGUGGGUGAGUCAGUGCGUGCCUCUUGUGUCUCCCCAGGUGACCCCCUCCUCCAAGAUCGUGGGGGACCUGGCUCAGUUCAUGGUGCAGAACGGCCUGAGCCGGGAGGAGGUGGAGGAGCAGGCGGACGAGCUCUCCCUGCCCCUGUCUGUGGUGGAGUACCUGCAGGGCUACAUCGGGAUCCCGCAUGGGGGCUUCCCUGAGCCGCUGAGAUCCAAGGUUCUGAAGGACCUCCCUCGUAUAGAGGGUCGCCCCGGGGCCUCUCUGCCCCCCCUGGAUUUCGAGGCGCUGGAGAAGCAGCUGAAGGAGAAGCACCGUGACGAGGUCACCCCCGAGGACGUCCUGUCGGCAGCCAUGUACCCCAAAGUGUUCGAUGAAUUCAAGGAGUUCACCUCUCAGUUCGGCCCGGUCGAGUGCCUCAACACCAGACUCUUCCUGGAGGGCCCCAAAAUCGCGGAGGAGUUUAAGGUGGAGCUGGAGCGAGGGAAGACGCUUCAUAUCAAAGCCCUGGCUCUCGGAGAUCUGAACCAGGCAGGGCAGAGACAGGUCUUCUUCGAGCUCAACGGUCAGCUGAGAUCCGUGCUGGUCAAGGACACGGUCGCCAUGAAGGAUUUACAUUUCCACCCCAAAGCCCUGAAGGACGUCAAGGGCCAGGUGGGGGCCCCCAUGCCGGGGAAAGUCAUCGAUCUGAAGGUGAAGGAGGGAGACUCCAUCGAGAAGGGGCGCCCCCUGUGUGUGCUGAGCGCCAUGAAGAUGGAGACGGUGGUGAACUCUCCCGUGUCCGGGACCAUCAAGAAAAUCUACAUCAAAACAGAUAUGAACCUGGAGGGAGAUGACCUGAUCCUAGAGAUCGAAUAAACUAGACCCGAAUUAUUUGAACAACAAAAACCGCUCCCAGCAACGUUUCUGUCCCUUCUGAAAGCUUCCCAUUGCAAAGGCAGAGUUUUAAUUUUAAGCUUGGUAAAGCCUGGAGAGCUAUAGUAAAAUCAUAAAACAUUACUGGUUAAAAACUGCAAAUAUAUAUUAGGGCCAGCUUUUAGAAGGGAUGUCUUUUACUGGUUUCAAUUAGAGCACCAUUCCACUAACUCAAGGGUUAGAAACUCACACUAGCCCUGCUGCUGCUGCACCCAGUCCUGGGGUUCAGAGCUCCCCUCAUUGGAAUCUCUUAUUAAUAAUAUUGCAAUGAUCAGGAGCCAGGAGUUUGAGCAGGGUUAGAAACUCGCACUAGAGUGGCUGCCUGUUUUUGUGUCGCUAGGUGAAAAAAUAGUUUUAUACAUAUUUAAAAUAUAUGCAUGGUAACAUGUGUGUGUGCAAAAAAUCUAUAUGUUAAAAACAAAAACAUCUCGGAACACCCAAACAAUAUAGUGAGUAGUUAUUAAAAAAAAGUUGAUUUGCGUUCUUAAAGAACUGGGAAUAAUGUGUUGAUCUGAAGUCCGCUGUAGAACAAAGACGUCAAGUGACAGCUGCUCGGUGGGUUUUUGGCCAAUCAGUAGGAGGAGGGAGUGGUUUUGAGAUUCAGCUCUUAACUCUUAAAGCGCUGAAGCAAGUGUAGUACAGUAUUAAAAUAAGGUUUGAAAAUCUUACGUAAAUCAGAGUUAUUUUGACGGUUUACAUGGCUCUUUUAGUUAAUAUCUGUCAUCUCAAAUUCCUUAUUUGACUAUAUAUGCAAUGUUAGUAACAUAAUCAGAUACCAUCUGUGCUUCACGCUGUCCACAUGACUCCAUGUACACUAGGCCAGUUCGGGCUUUUCAACUCGCACCCCAGUGCAUUCUGGUAAGUGUAGUCCUGCUGUGAAAAGGUACCAGAAUGCAUUGCAUUGUAGUUUAAACAUCCAAAGCUAUCCUAGUGCACAUGCCUAGUCCUGGGUAGUGUGGCCUAUCCAUCUGUAUAAUAAUUGCUCAUUCUUCUGUUGUAGGAGGUACUAAUGUUAUGUCAUAUUUGUUGUUCAUCCUAUAUUCCUUUACAUUGUUACUAAAGAAACUUGGCUCCUGUUUUUAAAACUGAUUUUGGACUUUGGAAUUUGAUAAAUGCUUUCCUGAAGUGUUUUAUUCUUCCAAAAUAGCCCAGACAAGACAACAGCAGGGUGACCAAACUGCCUGGUAUGAUCCAAUUAGACUCGUUUUGAAAGUCUUAAUGAAGAAGUGUGACUGGUCUGCGGGACUGUAGUUUACAAUCUGACAGGGUAAAACAAAACACAUUUCUGAUCGCGUGUAUUCUGCUGUGGCUUUUGUAGUUUUAACAACUCUCUCUUCAAUUAUCAAUCUCUUCCAUGUGAUUUAGCCUUAAAUAAAAAAAAUCUUUGAAACUGGA